AUGAUCUGCUUUUCAGAUAACACCAUCCAGUCGAUUUUCUGUUGCUGCUGUUGCUGUUCAUUGCAGAAGCGGCAAGUGCGAACACAAAUAAGCCUGAGCAAAGAUGAAGAACUUUCAGAAAGAUAUCCUCCACGUCACAGGCCACAGCUCUGCGAAUUGCCGAAUAAGAAGAAACCCAACAGAAGCCAUGGAAAGCCACCAAAACACAAGCCCCUGCCUCCCCUCCCUGUCUCUGAGGUUGGUGAAGAGAUGGUCCAGGUUAAAGCACUUUAUGACUUUAUGCCCAGAGAACCCUGUGAUUUGGCAUUAAAGAGAUCAGAAGAAUACUUAAUAUUGGCGAAGUAUACUCCUCACUGGUGGAAGGCAAGAGACCAUUUGGGGAAUGAAGGCUUAAUCCCAAGCAAUUAUGUGACUGAAAACAAGCUAACCAACUUAGAAAUAUAUGAGUGGUACCAUAAAAAUAUUACCAGAAAUCAAGCAGAACGUCUAUUGAGACAACAGUCUAAAGAAGGUGCAUUUAUAGUCAGAGAUUCAAGACAUUUGGGAUCUUACACAAUUUCCGUGUUUGUAAAAGGUAGAAGUGGUUCGGAGGCUACUAUCAAACAUUAUCAGAUUAAAAAGAAUGACUCGGGACAGUGUUAUGUGGCUGAAAGACACCUCUUCCAAUCAAUCCCUGAAUUGAUCCAGUAUCACCAACACAAUGCUGCGGGUAAGUCCUGGACUUCAGGCAGCGUCGCAAAGAGCCAAGGCCUUGACAGACAACAUAGCUUUGAAAAGUGGGAAAUCGAUCCGUGUGAGUUGGCUUUCGUAAAGGAGAUUGGAAGCGGUCAGUUUGGGGUGGUCCAUUUAGGUCAAUGGCGAGCACACAUCCAGGUAGCAAUCAAGGCCAUCAGUGAAGGCUCCAUGUCAGAAGAGGACUUUAUUGAAGAAGCUAAAGUGAUGAUGAAAUUAUCUCAUUCAAGGCUAGUUCAGCUGUAUGGAGUGUGUAUAAAACAAAAGCCCCUGUAUAUUGUGACAGAGUUUAUGGAAAAUGGUUGCCUGCUGAACUAUCUCAGGGAACGAAAAGGAAAUCUUAGAAAGGAAGUGCUAUUGAGUGUGAGCCAGGAUAUAUGUGAAGGAAUGGCCUAUCUGGAGAAAAACUGCUUUAUCCAUCGGGAUUUAGCAGCAAGGAAUUGUUUGGUCAGUUCUUCAUGUAUCGUAAAAAUUUCAGACUUUGGAAUGACAAGGUAUGUUUUGGAUGAUGAAUAUAUCAGUUCUUUUGGAGCCAAGUUCCCAGUCAAGUGGUCCCCUCCUGAAGUUUUCCACUUCAACAAGUAUAGCAGCAAAUCUGAUGUCUGGUCAUUUGGAGUUCUGAUGUGGGAAGUUUUUACAGAAGGGAAAAUGCCUUUUGAAAAUAAGUCAAAUUUACAAGUUGUAGAAGCCAUUUCUGAAGGCUAUAGGCUCUACCGUCCUCACCUGGCACCAAUGUCCAUAUAUGAAGUCAUGUACAGCUGCUGGCAUGAGAAACCCAAAGGCCGCCCUACAUUUGCUGAACUGGUACAAGUUCUCACAGAGAUUGCAGAGACCUGGUGA